CUUCACCAAGACUCACCUCGACCUCAGCAUGGACCAGAACUUCAACCAAAACCUGGCCGACAACCUGUUCAACCCCGCCAUGGCUGGAGGCUUCUUCAACCCAGCUAUGGCUGGAAACUCCGUUAAUCCAGGCAUGGCAACCAGCUAUGAUUCUUACUUCACCAACAACAAUGAGAUGAGGAUCGUGAUGGUGGGGAAGACUGGAGUCGGGAAGAGCGCCACAGGAAACACUAUUCUUGGCCGCCCGUACUUUCAAUCCAAGUGCAGUCCCAAGUCCAUGACGGUGAAGUGCUCCAAAGGCGAAGCCACAGUGUUUGGUCAGCAGGUGGUUGUCAUCGACACUCCAGGCCUGUUUGACACCAGGUCCGGCAUGGACAAAACCACCAAGGAAAUUACCCAGUGCUUCUCUUAUGCUUCUCCUGGACCACACAUCUUCCUGGUGGUCAUCACGCUGAGCAGAUUCACAGAGGAGGAGCAGCAGACGGUGCAAUGGAUCCAAGAAAUCUUUGGCCAGGCUGCAGACAAAUACAGCAUGGUUCUCUUUACUCAUGGAGACCGUCUGGAAGAAUCCACCAUCGAGGAGUUCCUGGCUGAAAGCCCAGAGCUGCAGGAACUGGUGGCCAGAUGUAACAACCAGUACCACGUCUUCAACAAUGAAAACAAAGAUCCCUCUCAGGUCCAGGAGCUGCUGCAGAAGAUCAGAAACGUGGUGCAGAAGAGCGGAGGAAGCCACUACACCAACCAGAUGUUCCAGGAGGCUGAGAGGGCCAUCGAGGAGAAGAAGAGACGCAUCCAGGCGGAGAAGGAGGAGAAAAUACGUAAAGAAAAAGAAGAAAUGGAGAGGAAGCUGAAGGAGAAGCAUGAUAAAGAGAAGCAGAGAAUCAACCGAGAACCUCAUUACACGCAAGCCAGAAAUGAUGCAGAGGGUAUAAAUGUUUUCCGCCCUCUGGUAAUAGUUGGAGACACCAUUCUCGGGGUAGGGGGCAGUCUUGUUCAAGGGGUUGACAAUCUGGGAAGGGCCAUUGGAAGUUGGUUUUCAUAAGAAGUUGCAGGUCCUGCUUUGAGAGAGUGGAGGUGGAGCUCCUGCAGGUUCCUUCAGAUCAUCACACUGCCCCCUGGUGUCCAUAGAAGGAAGUCUGAGCAGAUGUUUAUCAUGGAGGCAGGCUGAUGUUUGUUACACCUCUCUUUCUCUCAGUAUUACUGUUUUCUUUUUCUCAAAUAGCCAGAAAAAGGAAUGUUCUCAGAUGUCUCUGACACUUUGUUCUUUUUUUUAUGAAGUUAUUUUAAUCUUCUUCGUCUGAUUUCUUUGGUUACUUUUUAGUCUAAUUUACAGUUAGUGUUACAGGUGUGGCUUAGUGGUGCUGUAGCCCCAUGGAAUCAGCAUAGCACCCCCAAGAAGUACAUUUUAAU